CCGCUCUGUCAACUGCUUCGGAUUUGCACCGCGGCGGAACCCAAAGCUGAAAACGCCGACAACUCGUAGAACCCUCCCCGCCAGAAAAAAGCUCAGAACAAAAUGAGCCAAAAUGAGAAAACUAGAGGCGUCACCUCCAAUUUCAACCCUCAAAGCCAAUAUCAAUACGGCACGUUUCAAGGCGUCGCCAAUUACUACCCUCCUUUCCCUCAACAACCUCCGCCUCGGCAGCCCUUUGUUGGAUUACCUCACCCCGUUCCUCCUCCGUUCUCAGCCUCCAACCCCUAUGUCCAUGGCUACCAGACCGUCACAGGUUUUCCUGUUGAAGAAGCGGCACCCGUGAGGCAACCUCGCCUUCCUGUUUGCGGUCUUGGAAUCGGCUGGUUAUUAUUUUUUCUUGGCUUCUUCUUCGGUGGUAUUCCCUGGUACGUUGGAACUUUUAUUCUACUCUGUGUACGAGUGGAUUAUAGAGAAAAAGCAGGAUACCUCGCAUGUGCUAUCGCUUCUGUUAUCGCUAUGAUUGUGGUUACCUUUGGUUUAACAAAGGGGAGGCAUGCCUGGUGAAGUUAUGAAGCUGGCUGUGCAUUGUUCUUUGAAAUAUAUCCUAGAAGUAUUGGUGCGUAUAUUUACAUGUAGUUUUCAUUUCUGCUGAAUUGCUGAAAACAUUAUGAAUGCCAAUAGCUUUAUAGGUAUUUGUAAAAUGUUUUUACUUUUGGGCCUGCUGAUAGUUUAUACUGAAAUUUGUUUUUGUUUUGGUAUUGAUACUUUAUCAAUCUAAACAGUAAGAUACGGUUCUCAUAAAACUGGUUCAUACAUGCCGAUAUGGUUUACGGUUUAUCUUCACAAUUUUUUCAUCAACCGAUGUUUCUUCCAUUAAAGCACAGCCCAGAUAGAAAAUCUGCAUAGAUUUACAGCAAAGAUGGUCUGAUACCACAGAUUCAACUGCUUAAUCCCUUGAUCCUUUUCAUUUUAUUUUUUUUAUCUAUUUUUCAUAAUAUAUUGAAGCUCCUCUCUCUGGGUGGACUUUGUUUGCUAUCAGCUUCCAUUUUCAAUGAUUCUGCAAUGCUUCUCACUUCUGCAACCAUUGCUAUGACAUCGUUAAGCUUGUUGACGGCUGAACCCACACCCUGUGUUGCCCAACAAAUUUCCCUAUUAAUUCACUGAUUUUAUAACCAAACUAACAGAUUUAUGUCACUAAUCUUGUGUAUGUGUGUGUUGCUUACCACACCGGCUGCCCCCGCUGUAAUCGCCAUUGGAGCUGUGACAGCACUAAGUCCAGAUGCACACGUUACUGGAAUCUUGACUGCCCUUGAAAUUGAGUAUGCUG